AUGCAACGUGCUAUAUUAGUUAUAGCGUUAACAAUCAAAUACCUCCUAUUAAUAGGAGCACAGCCAUCCUGUGAAUACACUGGGGAAAAAAAACAAAGGGAUGUUAUUUGUACAGCCGAUAAAUCUGACUACGUCUUAACAAGAGGGCUUGUCUCAGAUAAUAACAAAACUACACGAGUAACGCUAAGGAACUGCAAGAUAAUAGACGUAGAAUUUGAAGCGUUCUAUCAAAUGCCAGCAUUGGAGUACCUUGACUUGUCUCAAAACCAAAUAAAAAAUUUAAAGCUCGGUGUUUUGGAUGGUUUUAACCGAUUGAAGUUUCUUAAUCUGUCUUAUAAUGAACUCGAAGGAUUCCCUCUGGGAUUAUUCGAUCAGAAACCGAAUUUAGAAGUUUUGGAUCUUAAAGGUAACAGUAUCGUUACUUUAGAACUUGGUGUUUUUGAUAAAAUGAAAAAGUUGAAACAUAUCGACCUCUCCAACAAUGCUUUAUUAGGAAGAGAAAUGAAUCCUAACAUAUUUAAUCAGAGCACUCACAUACAUAUUAUCGACUUUUCGAGAAACGAUAUGUCUGAUUCAAAAGAUAACUUGUUGGAAGUUUUUAUAGAACUAGAUUUUUUAAAUCUAGAUAGAUGCCAACUAAACGAGGUACCAAUAUUUGCAACCAAACCUAAUUUAAAAACUAUGAAACAUUUGAUGUUAUCGACAAACAAUAUAAGAGUAAUCAAUGAUUCGAAAAUUUUUAUGAAUUUGGAAAAUUUGGAAAUAUUAAACUUAUCCUACAAUGUCAUUGAAAGUAUUGCAGCAGACGUAUUCACUCCACUCAAGAAGCUUAAAAUGAUAAAAUUAAUGAACAACAGAUUAACGCAAAUACCAGAUACAUUAUUCCGAAAUAUACCAAAUUUAAACAAUGUCGACUUGUCGCAUAAUUUAAUAGAGUUUGUUCCAGUGAAUGCAUUCAGAAGCUCUCCAAUUAAACAUUUAAAUCUCGCAGAUAAUAGAUUCAGUUAUUUGACAGAUAAUUUUUGUUUGGAAUUGAAAAAUUCUGGGGGUGUAUUAGCUAAGUUUUAUUUCAAUCAAAAUCCUUGGCAAUGUGCCUGUCUAAGAGACAUCCUUAAUGAAGUGAAGAACUUUGGAAUAGUUUACAAUGAUGUUAAAUAUACUGGUGACGAACCUGUAUGUGUAACUAAACCAAACGGCUUUAACUGUAUGAGGCAAAUGAAUGAAAAUAACUACUUUAUUGAUUUGUAUUACAAUUAA